CUUAAAAUUUAAAUCUUGCAAUUGCGUUUGAAAAGAAGAAUUAAAUCAACCUUUAUGAAUAACAAUUGAGCAAACACUGCAGAACGAAUACAAAAAUUUAUAUGAUUAAUAAAUAGUUCGUUUCCAUUUCGAAUUGUAAUAAUACGACGUGUCGUAUCAUAUCAUGAUUAUUAGGUUUGCUUGUCUUCUGCUCUCCUUAUGGAUAGCUUUAGUAAGACCUCUCAUUGUAGAGGCUAUACCGAACGAUGUAUAUUUAAAAAUGUUUGCUGCUCAAUCACCUCCCGAUCCCUGCUAUGAUGAGAUUAAGGCCCGUCAAUGUACACCAGAUUUUAUAAACGCAGCUUACGGUGUCCCCAUCAUUGCCUCAAGCACUUGUGGCUUAGACAAAUCGCAACGAUAUUGCGAUCAAACCUCAUCCGAUUCGUUAAGUGGUAAUGUCGGUCAAGAGCUUACAACGUGUGGUAUUUGUGAUGAUAGAAAUUCGCAAAGAAGAUUCCCAGCGACAGCUCUUACCGAUUUAAAUAAUCCAAAUAAUGUUACUUGCUGGAGAUCGGAACCUAUAGCUCCUGUUAAUAAUCCAAGCGCUUCGCCAGACAAUGUCACUCUUACUUUAUCUUUAGGAAAAAAAUAUGAAUUGACUUACAUCAUAUUGCAAUUUUGUCCUAAAGCUCCGAAGCCGGAUUCUAUUGCAAUUUAUAAAAGUUCUGAUUAUGGUAAAACUUGGCAGCCUUUUCAAUUUUACAGCUCUCAGUGCCGUAGAGUUUACGGACGUCCAAAUCGUGCCACUUUAAAUAAACACAACGAACAGGAGGCCAGAUGUACGGACUCUCAUCGUAUGGGCAGCGGCCAAGAUUUUCGUAUAGCUUUUAGCACUUUGGACGGUCGACCGUCGGCUCGCGAUUUAGAUAAUUCACCGGUUUUACAAGAUUGGGUCACCGCAACCGAUAUACGCGUUAUAUUCCAUCGCUUGCAAAUGCCCGAAUCUAAUGCUCUGUUAACCUUGGACACGAAUUCAGAAAAAUUUGCCGAUCUUAAUAAAGGCAAAUACACUGAGGCGGUCUCUAAAACGUUAUUCAUUACACCGUUUGAACAAACUAACACAAUUAUUGGCGGUUCGACAUCAGCGCUUGUCGUCAGUAGUGGCCAAACUUAUGCGGUAUCCGAUUUCUCUGUAGGUGGUCGUUGCAAAUGUAACGGCCAUGCCUCAAAGUGCAUUACCGACCAUCAUGGAAUGCUGGUAUGUGAAUGUAAACACAACACUGCGGGACGGGAUUGCGAACGUUGCAAACCCUUUCACUUUGAUCGUCCCUGGGGUCGCGCCACCGCACGCGACGCCAAUGAAUGUAAAAUUUGCAACUGCAACAAUCAUGCGCGCCAAUGCCGUUUCAACAUGGAACUAUUCAAAUUAUCUGGACGUGUAUCUGGCGGAGUUUGUCAAAAUUGUCGUCAUGCGACCACGGGUCGAUUUUGUCAUUAUUGCAAAGAAGGUUUCUAUCGUGAUCCUUCCAAACCCUUAAAUCAUCGCCGAGUUUGUAAACCUUGUGAAUGCCAUCCAAUUGGAUCGACUGGUAAAACUUGCAAUCACACUUCGGGUCAAUGUCCCUGUAAAGACGGUGUGACAGGUCUCACGUGUAAUCGGUGUGCUCGCGGUUACCAACAAAGCCGUUCACACAUUGCUCCUUGCAUAAAAAUUCCGCCACGUAUCAGUAAUAUAUUAGAGACACAAAACACAGCUCCUGAACGCAACUCACAUGACUCCACGUCACCUUACCAUACGGAAGGUGGGAGGGAAUGCGGAAAAUGCAAAAUAAGCACAAAAAGACUAAAUCUCAACAAGUUUUGCAAGCGAGAUUACGCAAUAAUGGCCAAAGUAAUUGGACGGGAACAGAGCACAGAGAUAACCAGCAGCGAACAGUAUACCAAAGAAAAUCAACAAGUAGCGAGCAGCAACAACGAGGACAAGAUAUCGGUGGUCGGAGAGGAGGAGGAGGACGAAGAGGACGCACAAAUGGAAAUAGCAAAAUACGAUAUACAAAUACAGGCGAUAUUCAAACGCACACCACUCGAAUACGCCACAACGAGCACCGUCCUGAGACGGGGACCUAUGACAUGGAUUAUACCGACGAAGGGCUUAGAAUGCAAGUGCCCAAAAAUUAAAAUUAAUAGAUCUUAUUUGAUUUUGGGUAAAGACUCUGAAGCUCCGCCCGGCUUUUUAGGCAUUGGACCCCGAUCAAUUGUUAUCGAAUGGAAAGAUGAAUGGUAUCGACGUAUGAAACGAUUUCAACGACGAGCGCGUACAUGCGAUUAAGUGUUUUUUUUUUUUUUUUUGUACUUUAGAUUGAACUGCACGCUAGUACUUACUUAGUUACACUUUUCGUAGUGUAAUUAAGCAAAAUUGUGCAUAUAUUCAAAUUUUUUUUUUUAUUUUAAUAUCGAGCAAAAGUUCGGCGCACUACGAACGUUUUUGACAUACACACACCGGAAAUUUUACAAUAAGUAAACAAU